AUGUGCGACGAUACUCAGCGCCACCUUUGUCAGGCAUUGAAGACACAACAUCACAACCAGAUGAGUGAGGACAUUUUCAAUGUGACAUCCGUGCCAGAGCGCACCAUGUUUGAUCAGGCCAAGGUGGCUGACUAUGUGGCUUCAGGCGCUACGCUGAUAAACUCGAGUCCAGUAGACAUCACACCAACUUCAAGUGAUGAGAUUCCUACUCCUGCACCAUCCCAGCUCACUACUCCUGCUGUCUUGCCUAUUGCUCCAGCUGUCGCCGCUGCAACAGCUGCAGCAUUGGCAACGCCGCUCUACCAAUUCCCGUGCAUGCCUUGGAUACAGCAGGACCCUACAGCGACUCAUGGCAAUCCUGCAGCAGCUUACAUUCACCCCCAAAUAGCAGCUACAGUGCCUCAGAAGGCCGUGGCGGCAACAGCACCACUGGAUCUGAACUCCCUCGCUGCAGUCUACCAAAUGGCCAGUCUUAGUGCGCUAAACUAUGGAGCAACUGCUCCUCCUCAAUCCUUUGAUAUGGUUCUCCCUCUUGUUAACGGGCAGCUUAACGAACAUCCCAUUGAUGGUAUGUUGACAGUCUAUGCAUGCUUCAUGGGUUGCAUCGGCCUAAUCUUUGACAUUUUCACCUUGCGGUAA